AUGCCCCCCAAGAAGAGUAAAAAGGCCGCAAAGGCCAAGGAGGAUGAUGAUUACUGGGAACAGAAAGCAGCUGCCAUUGACCAAAACCUCGCUAAAGACGACGAUGCUCAAGCUGUCCCCAAUAAAUCCGGUGGCAACGUGUUUGACUUGCUAGAUGAGGAAGAGGAAGAUGAUGGGGGUCUCAUGGCUGCCGUCAGAGCUGCCAGUGCUAAGAAGGAUAAGAAGAAAAAGAAGAAAGCCCAAAUCGGAGAUGAGGAUGACGAGAUGGAAGGGAAAGGUAGUGGUGUACAAACUCCAGCGGUGGAUACAACUGCCAAUCUGGACGAAGAGUGGCCAGAGGAGGAUGUGAAACCCAAGAAAGGCAAAAAGGGGAAGAAGGGGAAGAAGCAGAUGGAGGAAGAUGAGGAUAUGAACGACGGUGAUGUCCAAACUGUCGUAUCACCCACCCAGCCUGAAACGGCUGUGAAUCUCGACGACGAAUGGCCAGAAGAAGAGGUCAAAGGGAAGAAAGGAAAGAAGGGCAAGAACGUCAAACAGUCGGUUGAAGAGGAGGAAGAAACGACACCAACUCCAGUGGCUGCACCAACACCACCUGCACCCGAGACUGUCAUUGCGGAGGAUGGCGCAGAGGAGGAGGAUGGUCCAAAGAUCUUAUCAAAAGCCCAAAAAGAGAAAUUGAAGAAGGAAAAGGAAAAGGCAAAGAAGAAGGCCCAAGCAGCAGCAAAGAAGGGGAUCGCCACAGGGGAAAAUGUUCCAGAAAUCGCAUCAGGCCCUGCUGAGUCUGUAGAGCCGUCUUUAGCUCUAGAACCCACAGCCGCGGAGGAAGAAGAUGGUGACGGUGAAGGAGAAGGCGAGGCUGCUGCAGGCGACAAGAAGAAGAAGAAAAAGAAGAAGCCUGCUGCUAAGGCCGAGCCUGUCGCUCCUGCCGCUGCCAAAGGUAAAAAGGUCCCUGCUCACAUCGCUGCCAUUCAGGCGGCUAUGGAGGAGAAGCGAAGGAUAGAGGAGGAAGCCCGCCGUGCUGAGGAGGAAAGAUUACGGAAGGUCGCAGAAGAAGAAGCGAGGCUCGAGGCGGAAGAGCAAAAGCUUGCCGACCAAAAAGCUGCGAAGAAGGCAAAGGAAAAGGAAAAGCUCGCAAAAGCAAAGGCAGAAGGUCGAUUGUUAACUCCUGCUCAGAAGAAGGAGAAGGCAGCUGCUGAAGCGAGAAAGCAAGCCAUGCUGGCGAGCGGACUCAAAGUGGCCGGUCUGACAGGGGGAGGAGAACCCAAAAAGGUGACCUACGGAAAUAAGAAAAAGCCGGCAAAAGGGAAGGAAGCUCAAGUAUCUGGACCAUCUUCGCCCAUCGUCAACGAACCAGCGCCCGAGAAAGCUGCUGAGGCGGAGUCAGUUCCCGUUGUGGUCGACGAGGAUGACUGGGACAAGAGCGAAGAGGAUGCCGCGGCAGUAGAGGAAGUGGUCGCGGCAUUGGACGGUAUGAAGGUCGACGAUGAUGAUUGGGACAAGACGGAUGAUGAAGAAAUCCCUCCUCCUCCAAAGUCACAGGCCGAAAGUAAAUCGGUUGUGGCCAAGGAGACUACCAAGCCUCCCAUCUCAAAACCUCCCGCGACAAAAGGGACAGCUGAAUCUUCCGCCGCUGCCAACGGCAAACCUGCCGCGAAACCUACUGCCCAAGCUGUCACCGAAGAAUCAGAGUCAGAGGACUCCUCAGAAGAGGAGACCGAUUCUGACGAGUAUUCUGAUUCCUCCGACGAAGACUCUCUUAGACAUCGCAAAGAACGAGCUCUCGAACGAAUCAAAGCCCGCAAAGCAGCCGCUCAAGCAGCGACGUCCAAAGAGGACCUCCGUUCACCCAUCUGUUGUAUCAUGGGUCAUGUCGAUACUGGUAAAACUAAACUUCUCGACAAAAUUCGGCAGACUUCCGUACAAGAAGGUGAAGCGGGAGGUAUUACUCAACAGAUCGGAGCGACUUUCUUCCCCAAGCAGGCUAUUCUGGAGAAAACUGCGGUGGUGAACAAAGAUGGGUCAUAUGAGAUCAAGAUUCCUGGUUUGCUCAUCAUCGAUACUCCUGGACACGAAAGUUUCCGUAAUAUGCGUUCGAGAGGAUCAUCUCUUUGCAACAUCGCCAUUCUCGUGGUGGACAUCACUCAUGGUCUGGAGCCACAGACAAUCGAGUCUUUGAAUCUGUUACGUGACCGUAAGACACCUUUUAUCGUCGCUCUCAACAAAAUCGAUCGUUGUUACGGAUGGGAACCUGUUCCUAAUGGUGGCUUCCGGGAAAGUUUAGCGAAACAGUCAAAAUCGACACAGUCAGAAUUCGAUGAUCGAGUACGCAAGACUAUUCUUGCUUUUGCGGAACAAGGUCUUAACGCUAAACUGUUUGAUGAGAAUGAUGAUCUGAGAAGGAAUCUUAGUCUGGUACCUACCUCAGCUAUCACUGGAGAAGGGAUUCCCGACAUGCUCAUGUUGCUCGUCAAGCUUACACAGGAGCGUAUGUCUGGCAAUUUGAUGUUCAUGGGAGAACUCGAAGCGACUGUGUUGGAGGUGAAAGUUAUCGAAGGUUUAGGUACGACCAUUGAUGUGAUCUUGUCGAAUGGGCGGUUGAGUGAAGGAGACAAGAUAGUCCUUUGUGGACAAGAUGGACAGCCAGUAGUGACCGUUAUCCGAGCUUUGCUCACCCCUCAGCCAAUGCGUGAAUUGCGAAUCAAAUCCGCAUAUGUUCGACAUCCCGAGGUCAAAGCUGCCUUAGGAGUCAAAAUCUCUGCACCUGGUUUAGAACGCGCCCUGGGAGGAUGUAGACUAUACGUCGCUCAUGACGACGAUGAAGUCGAGGUUUACAAGGACAUGGCUCUGGAAGAUUUGUCAGAUCUGUCAAGAUUUAUAAACCCGAAAGCCCCUGGUGUCUGGGUUCAAGCGUCUACCUUGGGUUCACUAGAGGCGCUCUUGGAACACCUCAAAUUAUCCAAGACGCCAGUGAGAGGAUUUGGGAUCGGACCGAUAUAUCGCAAAGAUAUUCUCAAGGCGGGCUUGAUGUUGCGUAGAGAUGAGACGGCGCAUUUCGCUGUGGUAUUGGGAUUCGACGUGCCUGUAGAUGGAGACGCUGCCGACUAUGCGAAGAAAGAAGGUGUGAAGAUAUUUACGGAUGAAACGAUCUAUCGUCUUGGUGAUCAAUAUUUAGCAUAUUAUAACGAAGUUGAAGAAGCCAAACGUAAAGAGGCUAUGCCCAAUGCUGUUUGGCCAGUCAAAUUGAAGAUACUCAAAGCUUUCGCCCAUCGUGAUCCUAUCAUCCUCGGUGUGGACAUUAUCGAUGGUAGUCUAAGGAUCGGGACGCCGAUGGGUGUGGUGAAAAUUGACAAGGAGAAGGGGACUAGGGAUAUCGUGGCUUUGGGUAAAGUUACAUCUAUAGAGAUCAAUCAUAAACCUUUUGAGGUGGUCAAGAAAAGCCAGAUCGGUGCUGGGGCAGCAGUGAAGAUUGAAAGAGCUUCUCAUCAGACUGCCAAGCUCUUUGGUAGACAUUUUGACGACAAGGACGAAGUGGUUUCUCUCAUUUCGAGACAAUCUAUAGAUGUUCUGAAAGCAAACUUCCGAGAUCAGGUCGAACCUUCCGAUUGGUCAUUAAUCAAAAAGAUGAAAAUUGAGCAGGGUAUUCCUUGA